ACGGUUGCCAGAGAUGCCUUCUCUUGCACGGGAGCUCCAUUUUAUCGGUCUUUGGAGCAUUAAUGGCGAAGUCAAAACUGCGAAGCGCACUGAUCUCUUCUCUAAUCCGACGAUUUAUUUACUUUCCGGGCACAGUGUCACAGCUUCUGAUAAUCGAUACAAUUACCGCUUCAUCCGCUCGCGAGUAGACGGCCGCGUUGGCGAUCGCGGCGUGAAGCGAUCGAGACAUCAGGGAGAAGAUCGCGGAAUCGCCACGGAGAAUCGGAAGAACUCAGGAUCCAAAGAGAAUGACGAAGAUGCGAUAAACGAGAAGGAAACGGCAGCGGGACCGAGAGAGAUAACUCGAAAACCGCGAAAGGCGGAAAACGGAGCGAGAGACACGCGAACACGCACAAACCCACGCUCGCUGUUCGGCGUAUAGCCGCGGCUAACGAAAC